GCCGUGUUCACUGCGCCUCUUUGACCUUUUCAAAGCGAGUGAGGAAAAUUAAAAAUAAAAAAAAAGAAGAAUUUGGUCGAAACCUUCUUCUCGCCUUCACUUCUUAUGUAAACGUGGUUCGCGCUUUGCUGUCGUUUAAAUACCGAUAAAAAUUUAGGCGAAUGGCAAAUCGUCUUUCGUUUCGGAAGUGCUGAUCGUCGUCACGUGAUCCGAGCUGACUUGGAUCGUCUGGUAUCCGCAAUGGACGAUGGGAAGAGGAGUACAACCGCAGUGUAAAUCGUCAGAUGUGACCAUCAUUCACUAGCAGAGGCCUGUUUCUAUCGAUGCAUGAAUUACAACAGUUCUCAGAUUUCAUGCAUUGACAAAAUGGAAAAUAUAGCUGUUUGAAGGAAGUAUUUGUUGCAAGCCUCGUGCGCAGACGCUGUACUGAACAAUCCAGUCUUUGGACUCGCUGAAUGAACAAAUAGUUCAGUUUCUCCUCACUUCCCAAUCGGAUGGCAACUUGAACGAGGAUCCCGCCACAGCGGCUAGAUGGAGUUACCAAUGCCAUUACUCCAUGGUUCUGAUGCGGCGCCUGCUGCUCGAGGCCCAAUGCAAGUUUCGGAAAAUGAUGUCCGACAACAAGGCUUUGGCCUCCAGAAUCGAUCAGGACAUCCAGUCUGCUCACCUCCAAGUGUCCGCGCUGCGGGCUGAGCUCGCGGACACAAACCAAAGGAUCAGGGACAUCUGCUCCGCAUCUGAAACUUCGGGUAUGGCGGGGAAUGUGAUUACGACCUGCAUGCCACCUACUUCAACGACCAACACGGCGGUGAGCAGCACGGCUGAUGGACAGUGGACGAAGGAGGUGAAACCAGGUCAACCUGUCACUCGCGCCGAUUCCGUUGCUGCUAUCUCUCGCGUGUCUUCAGCUUCUCCCCCUAUUGCCGAUAAAGGUGGUACAAAAACUGUGUCUGAUAGGGUUCAUCCUGCUGAUCAAACGCACUAUCUAACCGUCACUCAAAGUCCGAAAUCGCUUGCAGGUUCAAAGGCUACUGAGCAAAAGACGAACGUUGAGAAUGGCCCUUCGCCAGACCAAGUUACCAAAAACAAAUAUGGUGAUUUAACUUCUAAGGAACAAAAUGUUAAAGUGACUAAUAGUCCAGCUAAAAGAAAUUUAUCUGCGGUUAGUCCUGAAAAACAACAUUUACUUCAUAAGCAAACAUCCAAAGAAAAUAUAACUCCUACUCAUCAGUUGAGAAAGGAUUCGAAGGAUAAACCGGAUAGUUUGACAGAAAGCUCUGAAGCUAGUGAGGAAACAAAUCUCUCCAAACAUAGAAGUCACCGUCGCGAGAGGAGAUCACUCAAAGGAAGUGAUGUUCAAAAAUCUCUCCUAAACGAUUUGAAAUGUCAGCAGGUAAAUGGAAAGCAACUUGAUGGUUUUAAGACAGAACUUCAAAGAUCAGAAUCAGACGGAAAUCAGAAUUCAGCACCGGAGUGUGAUCUUAGCCUAAGUGGCUCUCCAUUUAAGGAAGACAGCACGAAGGUAUCUCAGGAAAAGUCGUCUACUUUGGGAAGUUCUACUCAAACAGGAGCCAAAGAGCUAACUGUAGAGGAGUCUAAAGCCGAAGACUUUAGCCUUGAUAUUCACAGGAGUAGUCCUCCAGUGAAGGAUGAUUCCAACGCACAUUCUUUUUCGUUUCAUAAAAGCUCAACAAAUGGCUGUUCUCAGAAAGACUUACAUGACGGUCAUAGGUACAAAGCGAAGACAAAAAGUGAUCCAUUAGACAAACGACGUGAUAAAUGUGCUCAAGAAUAUUCUGUGCUUUCAAGUCCUAGCUCUGUGAUGAAACAUAAAGCAGGAGCUUCCAGGGGUAUUUGUAGCUGGGAGGAGAGACGUUUUGAAUGCCAAGAGCUUUCACCUGCGAGCGCCUGGUACAAAACCCAAGAUAAUUCCUCGAGUGUGAGUGGUAAAAGUGUACUCGACGAAUCCUCUUCGAAAGAGGAAACUUCAGAUAGCCAGGAUGGAUUGCCUUCUGAAUUCUGUGAUCGAAUGGGGGUGAGAAAUGAGGAGCAAGGUCGAUAUGUUGUGUUCGAUUCGAAAGAUAUUAGGCGACCAUGUCGCCAAUGGCGUACGGCAUUGAGUGAAAGCUAUAGGGACCAGCAGAUUUCGGAUUCGUGGAAAAGUAGUUUGUGUGAUACGACUGAAAAAAGUGAUCCGAAACUAUCCGACAAGCGACAAACUCCUGAAAAAGAUGACCAAGUCUCCAGCAAUCUCAUUCAAGAAAGUUCCUAUUUCAGGAAAUCAACAAAUUCGGAUUACUCUAGUUACAAUAAUGCAUCCAAAUCCCAAGACGACACCCCGACUUCCGUCGUGCAGUUGAUGGCCGAGAUCGAGGCUCUGAAAAUCAAGAACAGUGCACUACUCAGGGAUCUGGAGGAGGUAAUGGAAUCUAGAGACGAAAAGGCUAAAGAAAACGCUGCCAUGGCCGCUAAAUUAGAACAAAUGGAUAAAGAACUGAAACAUGCCAAGGAAGCUUUGUCCGGUAAGUUGUUUUCAAAGCAUCUGUCAUUCCGAAUUAGUGAAUUAAGGUGGCAAGAUAGGCUUUGAAACGAAACAUGAGACGACAGCGACUUGGAGAAAUGUCAGGAUGAUUUAAAAUAGCUGGAAGUUUCUUCAGCUGCUCAACGUUUAAUUUUCUGUCUAUUUUAUUUUCAUAAAAGUAAGACUAAAAGUUCCCAUUUCAAAGUAGCUUCUAGAAAGAAUUCGCUCCAAACCAGUAACCGUCAUAGACAUUUUAGUAACGCGUAAUGUUGAUGCUGACGUAUUGUGUCUUCUUUUAGAUGUGAUUUAUGGCAGCAGCGUCUGUGUUAAUCAUCAUAUGUUCGCUUCACUAGAGACUAGGAAAAAAAAAAAAAAAAAAA